UCUCAACUCUUACUUUACAACUCUUCAAUUAUCAGUCUUACUGUCUUACUUACUCUCUUUAGCUCAAGAUGGCUACCUUCAAGCUGCCUUGCAUGCUGGUGAUUUUCUUGGUGCUGGGUGUAGGUUUAGGCCAAAAUGUGGAUCCGUUUGGAUCACAAGUAGGAAGGAGAAGGGAGAUGGUGCCUGCUAUGUUUAUAUUUGGAGACUCACUCAUUGACAAUGGCAAUAACAAUAACCUUCCUUCUUUUGCCAAGGCCAACUAUUUCCCUUAUGGUAUUGACUUCAAUGGUGGUCCUACUGGUCGUUUCUCCAAUGGUUACACCAUGGUUGAUGAAAUUGCUGAACAACUAGGACUUCCUCUGAUUCCUGCUUACUCUGAGGCAUCAGGAGAUCAAGUGCUUAAUGCUAUCAACUAUGCCUCUGCAGCUGCCGGAAUCCUUGAUGUCACAGGCAGAAACUUUGUUGGUCGCAUACCAUUUGAUGAACAGAUAAGGAAUUUUCAGAACACGCUCGAUCAGAUUACAGAUACCCUUGGAGCAGAUGAUGUAGCUAGGCAAGUUUUACGGAGCUUAUUUUUUGUAGGGAUGGGCAGCAAUGACUACCUUAAUAACUAUCUCAUGCCUAACUAUCCAACGAGGAAUCGGUAUAAUGGCAGACAAUUUGCAGAUCUCUUGACUCAAGAAUAUAGCCGGCAACUAACUAAACUUUACAAUCUUGGAGCACGUAAAUUUGUUAUUGCAGGGUUAGGAGUGAUGGGGUGUAUUCCUAGCAUCUUGGCCCAGAGCCCUGCAGGAAACUGCUCUGAUUCAGUUAACAAGCUAGUUCAACCUUUCAAUGAAAAUGUGAAGGCUAUGCUCAAAAACUUCAAUGCCAAUCAGUUGUCAGGAGCAAAAUUUAUUUUUAUUGAUGUUGCUCAGAUGUUCCGAGAAAUCCUCACCAACUCACCGGCAUAUGGAUUUAGUGUUAUAAACCGUGGAUGCUGCGGCAUUGGGAGAAAUAGAGGUCAAAUUACAUGUCUUCCAUUCCAAACGCCUUGUCCUAACAGAGAACAGUAUGUGUUCUGGGAUGCAUUCCACCCAACAGAAGCUGUGAAUGUUUUGAUGGGAAGAAAGGCCUUCAAUGGGGACUUGAGCAAGGUCUAUCCUAUGAACAUAGAGCAGCUUGCCAAUCUUGAAAUGGAAUCCAAUUAACAGAAAUCCUUGUUUCAUUCAUGCCGUCAUAAUUUUUAUUUCAUCACUGAUCUGUCAGAGUCGUAGUUUAUUUUGUAUUUAAAAGCAAAGAGCUGUUGUGCAUGUGCAUGUUCUAAUUGCUACCAUUAAUGCAACUACUUUGAUUUGGUUUUGUUCCC